AUGGGGCGCGUGUCUCUAGCACCUGGUAUGCUGCCACCCAUGCCCAUGCUCAAAGACAGCCGAUUGCGGAGCAAGAAUGCUCGUGCGGCUAUGGAGGCAAAUUUAAUGGCCUUUCUCGAACGUACUGGGUUUACUAUGGCCGGGUGGUCUGCAAAGUUUGUGCACGAACCAACACAAUCCGCCUUUGUUAAUAUGUUCAAGCACAUCUACAACACAUGUAUUGACCCCAGCUACCAAAUGGGGGCAGAGGGCAAAAAGUUCGAAGAGGAAGUGAUUUUGCUCAUGAAAGAGAUUCGGUAUCCAUUCAUCGAUGACCUGACCAAGACCAAGCUUACCGCGGCAGGAAGCCAACAGAACUGGCCCGCAUGCCUUGCAAUGCUAGACUGGAUUGUGCAUCUGGGAAUGGCGGUCGGCCCAUCGACAAGUGGGCCUAUAGGCAGAGACGACGAGAAUGAGCUUCACGCGCUGUUUUUCCCAUACUUAUGGAGAUGCUAUGAGAAGUUUUGGGAAAACCAGGAUACGUACCCCGAGGAGAUGGAGGAGCUUGCGCGGAGCUUUGAGAGCAAGAACGCUGCACUUGCCGCCUCUGUCGAGUCACUUGCCGCAGAAAAGACGGAAAUAGACGCAGAGCUCACCGCUUUGACGGACAAGCCAUCUCCGCUCCAACGCGAACAGCACGAAAACCAUGUUCUUCAAGGCGAUGUAGCCAAGUUCCUGAAAUACCACCAUGAAGUGCUUGUACCGAAGCUGGAUAAGAGCCGACGAACGAUUCAGCGGCUGCAUGCGGCACUGGAGGAACACACAGCAGAGUUGCAUGAAAAGCAGGCCGAGCGUGAACGCCGGCAAAGACUCGUCGAUGCGCAGGACGUGUCGACAGAGGAGUUUGAGCGUAUGAUGUCGGAGCGAGAAUGGCUUGCACGGCAGCUAGAUGAACUAGCCGUGCAGAACCGCGAGGCCAUCGAGCAGUGCUGGAAGAUUGAGCUUGCCCUCAGCAAGUGCCAAGCCGAUGUGGAAAAACGGCUCAAAGCCUUCCAUAUCGGUGAGCGCCGUAUUCAUCUGCUUCCUUUGUCGCUCCCAAAUGGCGUAGAACUCACGGAGUUGGAGCUUGUUCCCGCGCAUCCCUCGACCAUGCUUGCACCUGGUGUGUCCAUGCAGGCGGUGCGUGCGAAGAUCGAGAAGCUGCGCGCAUCCGAAACACAAAAGUUCCGCGCCCUAUCUGAUGAACGUGUAGCACUACAGGAGUCAUUGGACGAAGUGCUUGAGCAGCUCGAUCGUGUGCGUCGCGAUGCACGCACUUUGGAGACGCGCCUUGAAUCGUUGCGUGAGCAAAUCGACGAAGUAGGAUGCAUCUCCAGCCAUGAAGAAGCCGACUCUGCUGCUGAGUACAUGCGCCAGGAGAACCUCGUCACCAGCAUGGAUCAUACCAGCUCAAUCGCAUUGCAGCAAGCAGACACACGUGUCAAGGCACUCCACCUGCAGCUCCAGGAAGCAUUAGAGUCUACGGCAGACGAGCGUGCCGCGAUGCAUGAAGAAAUGUGCCGUGCUUUGCAUACACUUCUGGAUCUCAAAGUACGUGUGUCUGAGGGGCUUGAAGCCGUUGCUACUGCCGUGCAGGGUGCUAUGCGUGCCUAG